GUAGUGUUCAGUUAUUGAGAGAAAAAUCAUUUUUGGAAGAUCUAAAAUGUUCUGAAUUAAACAAAGGAAGUGUUUCUAUUAUUUUGGCGGUCAGUGGUCUCGGCUAAAUAACACGUUACAUCCUCCAAAAUGACCUCCAUGCAGUUGAAUGACCGCUAUUUUAACACAAACUGAAGAUAAAAACAGUCGUGAACACGGAUUCAGUGGAAGGCUGUCGCAUUAAAACGGUCUGUUUGUCUCUAGUGUGCCUAAUGUUUUGGCAAGCGAGUGUACUUUUCAGCUCCACUACACAAAUCAGCAGCGAACGUAAGUGAAAAAAAAAAACAAAAAAACAAAAACAAAAAAAAAAAACUGGGCAGCCUGUCACUCUACUGGAGCCCCCGCCCCGCCGGUCUGUUAACGGGAACUCCCCCUAAGUUCCCCGGUUCUCCUCUCUCUGCUGCUCAUUCUCUCCGUGAGCUGUCACACACACAAACACACGUAUUCCCACGAACACACACGGAGCUGCCGCUGCGUGCUCAGGCGAACCUCCCUCCACUCUCUGCUGCCGCUGGCGCUGCUGCUGCUGCUGUUCCCCGGUUACCGGAAAAAAAAAAACGCGGCUGUGUGGAUUCGCAGUCUGCGUCGAGCCUCGUCGUGACAGAGUUUGGAGGCGGCUGGAGGAGGAGGAGGAGGAGUGAAGGGGGCCAGGAGGAGAAGAAGGUGGUGUCCUCCUGUCAGAGAGACACACUCCCUCUGACACAUGGUUGACAGCGGGAGACGGAAAGGGUGAGAGAGAGCACGGGAGUGAGAGGAACCCAGACACUCGCAGAGAGAAGGAGGCAGUCGGCCAUCUGUGGUCCAUCCCCUGCUAUUCUGCAGCUGUGUUGGAGUCAGCGAGUGGUCAGCAGCUCCGUCAGGAAAAGAAGGUUCUUUCCUGUGUCUCAUUGCCCAGUGGAUGAGCCCAGGCUAGGGCAAUGUUAAAGGCUCACCGGCCUCGGAUCUGGCCCCUGGGGCUGCGUCUGUGGAGGGAUGGGUGAUACCCCAGCUGGAUCUUCCGCUGUCACCAUCCUCUAUGGCUAUCAUUAGUGGCUAAUGAGCUGCUGCUAGAGAGGAAACGGAGAAUGUGCCUGUGGAGAGAGGAGGAACUGUACAUCUGUUAUUAAGAGGCCCAGACAAGGAAUUCUUUAACUCUGCAAGAGAACUCCAAAGCUUCAAAAGCAUGAAAGGAUAUCGACUUUGGGAUUCAUUGUUGUAGGUGUUUUUAUUUUUUGUUUUCGUCAAAAACAUUCUUUUUGUCUGUGAAAAAAUGGCACCAUACAGGUGAAAUAUAAAAAAUAUAUGUGAUUCAGAAAAUGAAUUUCACCUUUUCUCAAUUGGAGGAGGUUCCGUUUUAAUCGUACAGGAUAUUUUAUUGUUUCAUUUUUUUUUAUUUUUAAUUUUUUUGGACACUUGGAUAUAGUUUUGACCUUCAUAUGCCCUGAAGAAAAUUGGUCACCAUGGCAGCAGCCUAUCGUGUAGUUGUGAGCACUGUGAGCUACUACAACAGUGUAGUAGUGGACCGGCGCACUCACUCACAUGCUGUGCACUACUGCUCGGGGCCAUGUGGGGCGCUGUCCCAGGGCUUAGACUGUACUGUCGCGCACCACGGCACCUGCUCUGAGCUGCUUGUUGCACCUGACUCUGCAUACAAUGAUCUCGACAGCUCACCCAUACAUGCCCGUAACAUGAUCACUCAGCAACUUCCUAGCCAUAGUAAACUCGGUGUUACCAUGGAUACUACUGUUAAUGGCGGCCUAGAGAGGGUGGACAGCAGUGGCAAUUUGUCACUAGGAGAGGACAGCCCCACAUGGCGUGGUAAAAAGACCCCCAGUGGCGGUGGAUCAACUGGGAACUUGAGCUCCUCUGGCAGUCUGAAGGACAUUACUGAGGAGGCCAUCAACCUAGCCAGCGGCAAGCUCAAGGAGUUUUCUUUUGACAAGCUCCGCCUUUCUUCCUCCAGCCACGUCACCUUCCGGAAGGGACGCAAGGUCCGUCCUGACUCUUUCAGCCGUCGUUCCACGGACCUGGAGAUCAUCUAUGGCCACUUCAGUACCACGAGCACGACAACUAAUGGCGUGACAAACGGCACAGCUAAUCCUAACGACGAGAACCUGCCACCGUUUGUCCUGGGGAAAGGGCUAGAGGAGACAAAACUAAAAGGGAGUCCGGGAACCAUGUCAGCCAUCACCAAAAUUGGCGGGGGCUCGACAAGCAGCCUGUCAAGUAUUGGAUCAUUGGACCAAAGUCUAAACACGGUGGCGUCCCUGUAUCGCAACACCCUGGGAGAGGAGAACCUGAUCGCCCGUCUGCUGGAGAAAACAAGAGCUGAGGCUGCCGCUGGCGGAGCAGGCGGGGAAGACAUCCGUGCCUGCCUUGAUAUCCUACUUAAAUGUUCUGAAGACCUAAAGAAAUGCACGGAUAUCAUCAAGCAGUGCAUUAGGAGCAAAGCUGGUGGAGGGCCAGAAGAUGGAAGCGCAAGUCCUGACAGUGUGUAUCGGGCUGUGAUGACACGACUUAGCUCUUAUCUGAAGAGACUGCCUCUGGAGCUGGAAGGGAUCGGAGGUUUGGGAGGCAGUGGGCAGGGGGCUGCUCCUGGAAGUGGGCACAGUGAUCUGGCUGAGCUGGUAAACACUCUUCACUCCAUCCAACAGGGACCUUACUCUCCAAUAUUUGGCAAUGAGCAGCCUCCCCGCUACGAGGAUGUGGUGCAGUCACCACCAAUCCCAAAGACUGUUCAACAUUCUUCAUCUUCUACCCCCUCCUCUGUUUCAUCAUCUUCUUCGUCUCUACAUUCAGUUUCCAUCCACACCAAACCUGUCCAGAGCUCAGUCCAGCCGAGAGGCACUCCACUUACCAAUGGACUACAGCAUCCACCUACUUCUUCUAUCACACAGCACACACUCUCUCCGCCCCCUAUAUCAUGCUCUCCAUCCAGCUCCUCGCCGUCUCACUCCCCUCUGCGUAUGUCCCCGACCCCACCAUACACACACACUCCGCCAGCAUCCCCUAUGGAGGCUCUUUACAUUGAGGAGGAGGCAGAUGUCGGAAAGACACCAGAACAAAUCCCACAACAGACGCACAGUCCAGCUAGAGGGGGGAACACUAUGCAGAACAAAAAUGGGAAUUUGUUAGGGCAACACCUGCACCCAUCACAAGCACACACACUCCAUAGCCCUUCAAAUAAUUUGCCAGCCAGCUCGGGCUACAGUCCCAUUUGGCCUUCGUCUGCAUCACUAACAGUGUCGGCGCCCAAAGCUGCCGCACACAGGAAUGAUGACAUUGACAAACUGCUGAUGGACUUGGAGAAUCUAUCUCAGAGUAUGAGCCACCCCAGGAACACAGAGCCUCCACUUCCAGCCAAGACCAGGAAAAGAGAGAUAGGCAAGGGGCUCACCUCUAACGAGUCCUUAACUCAGCCCAAAAUGUCCCAGUUGCAAGUCCAGAAGCCAACCAGCCAACAAACUCUAAAUGGUCUUAACUCUAGAACUCCCCAGAGUCUCACUCUUCCUCAGGGAGGGAGCAGUGAAUCUGUACCAGCAGAGGAAGAGGAUGGGGCUCUGUUGUUGAGGAUCCUUGAGAGCAUUGAGAGUUUUGCCCAAGAGCUGGUGGAUUCUGGUGCAGGGAGCACAGGGAGUGCUGAGAGGAACAGUGGAAAGGAGCGGGAGGUGAUGAGGCUCCUGCAGGAUACACUGGCCACCACUGGUAGGGCUGACACCCCUGUGGAGACCUCAAACCCACCAGCUACUCCCACCGUUCCAUCCAUGCACACAAAUGCAGUCCCGGCCAUACAGGCAAAACAAAUCCUGGCAAAUACACCUGCGGUUUUGCCGGCACCGACACCCAUACCUGCAGUAUAUGAAGCUGAGUGCAAUGCUACAGCUGAACCUGCACCUAAACCUGCACCUGAUGCUGCCCCCAAACCACUGCUUGCAUCAGGGCCCACACUUGAUACUGCAGAUAAAAUGAUAGAAGUCUCCACACAUAAGGCUGAUCAACCAUCCGCCCCUGCCCCUGUAACAUCUGUACCUGCAACCUUGCAUUCCUCCACACAUUUUGAUGAACCCACACAUGUGGUCAUACCAGAAGCCCCAGCUCCUGUUGCCACCCCAGCCACAGUAGGCCUGAGAGAUGUUUCCGCUGCAGCCGGUGAAGCCACCAUGGUGAGGGACGCUGGUUCAGCCCUCCUCAUCCAGCAGACUCCAGAGGUGAUCAGAGUCCAGUCCAAGCCAGAAAAGAAGCCGGGAACACCUCCACCAGCGCCCGCUGCAGCCACAGCCACACCGGUCCCCACGCCGCGCUCGCCCAGCCCUCCGCCCGCUCCGGUGAUAGUCACCCCUCCUCCUCCUCCUCCUGCCAUUAACAUUCCCAGGUUCUACUACCCCCGUGGGCUCCCUGCCCUGGGCCCGGGUGCCAACCACGAUGCGGCCAUCGCUGCCAUCGAGGCGGCCUUCACCGAGUUUGAGGAGGAGAAGGCGGAUAUCUACGAAAUGGGCAAGAUUGCAAAGGCAUGCGGGUGUCCGCUUUACUGGAAGGCCCCCAUGUUCUAUUCAGCAGGUGGUGAGAGGACUGGCUUCGUGUCCGUUCACUCGUUCAUCGCAACCUGGCGGAAGUUGCUGCACAGCUGCCACGAUGACUCAUCCAGGUUCAUAUCCUUGCUAGCCAAACCUGGGUGUAACUAUCUGGAACAGGAAGACUUCAUUCCUCUUCUGCAGGACAUUGUGGAUACACAUCCUGGGCUCACAUUUCUGAAGGAUGCACCUGAAUUCCAUUCACGCUACAUAACGACGGUGAUCCAGAGGGUAUUCUACGUGGUGAACCGCUCGUGGACGGGCCGCAUCACCAUGAUGGAGCUGCGCAGGAGCAACUUCCUGCAAACUCUGGCCCUGCUCGAGGAAGAGGACGACAUCAACCAGAUCACCGACUACUUCUCCUACGAGCACUUCUAUGUCAUCUACUGCAAGUUCUGGGAGCUGGACACUGACCACGACUUGUACAUCGACCCCAAGGACCUGGCCAGAUACAACGACCACGCAUCCUCAAACAGAAUCAUCGAGAGAUUGUUUUCGGGGGCCGUUACUCGGGGUAACGCCGUGCAGAGGGAGGGUAGGAUGAGCUACGCCGAGUUCGUCUGGUUCCUCAUAUCCGAGGAAGACAAGAAAAAUCCCACCAGUAUAGAGUACUGGUUCCGCUGCAUGGACGUGGACGGCGACGGUGUCCUGUCCAUGUUCGAGUUGGAGUAUUUCUAUGAGGAGCAGUGUGAGAGGAUGGAAAGGAUGGGCAUCGAGCCUCUGCCCUUCCAGGAUCUGCUCUGCCAGAUGCUCGACCUGGUCAAACCUGAGAACCCAGGUAAGAUAACCCUGGGAGAUCUGAAGCGCUGCAGGAUGGCCCACAUAUUCUUCGACACCUUCUUCAAUUUGGAGAAAUACCUGGACCACGAACAGAGAGACCCAUUUGCUGUGCAAAAGGACAUUGACAGUGAAGGUCCGGAGCCAUCUGAUUGGGAUAAAUAUGCCUCGGAGGAAUAUGAGAUCCUUGUGGCGGAGGAGACUGCGAAUGAACAGCUACACGAGGGGUCUUUUGAUGAUGACUACGAAUCCGAGGAGCUUCAGGUCCCCGGAGAGAUCGGGAAUAAAAUGGAAAAACUAGUCAUAUCAGACUUGUCAGCGUAAAGCUCUCUCCCUGGAGUUCCUGGGCUUCUCUUUCUGGAAAAAAAGGCAGGAACCAAAUGAUGGAGGACCCUUUGGGGAUACAUGCAUCCAAGAGUGCGUGGAUGUGAAAGCAGAGAGAGGAAAGGAAGGGUUCUCUCAUCUGUCUUACGAUGACUCUGGACUCCCCUCAGAACGGAGUUUCCUGUGUUUGUGUGUGCGUGUGUGCGUGUGACCGUUCUGUGUGCGGUGCAUCAAUGCAUCUGUAUUAUUCACACAGGAAAAAAAAAAAAAGAAAAUCACUGCCUCCAACUCUUUCGCUCCGUCUGAAAGGACAAAGCCAGUGAGGAGUGUUUUAUAAGCUCUAAAAGGAAUCCUUAAACUGUAAAAAAAAAAAAAAAAAAAAAAAAAAAAAAACUGAAGUGUGAAUUCUCUACUGACAAUCAAGCCAGAAGACAAUCGUUUUGUCGUUUUUUUUUUCAGUAUGUUUCUGUGCUAAAGGUAGAAGAAACGGGGAUGUAUAAAGCGAUAACGCCAGCGAUUGGCACUGCCAUCGAAAAACUGCAGAGUCGGCUGCUCAAACAUACGACGCGUAAACGGAAGCGACCGGCAGCGAUCCGCAUCUUGUCACUGUGUUUCUUGUGAAGAAAGCUUUUAAAUUUCUCGUCCCUUUACAGGAAAGCCAUGCAACAGUUGGGAUGGUUGUAACAGCACCUCCUCUCUGUGGCCAGGCGGUGCUACUGCAUGCCGCGGCUGGCACGCCGCACGGUGGCCGGGUAGCGUUUCCACGAGGGAGUUAAGUUCACCGUACGGGGCCUCGGCUGCUCUAUUAUUAGCGCAGCUUUAGGAGGGCCCCUGGGUUCUCUCUCUCUCUCUCUAUCUGGAGUCAUGCAUCACGAUCCCCUUCAUUUCAGUGUCCUCAAUCAGAUUGCGCUGUGAGAUAUGCACAUAUCAAACUCUCUGGUAGAGUUGUCCAAACAUUUCCACCUCGCAAUAACUAAUGAAUUGUUCCUCCCAGUCACCUUCAGAAUCCCACUGUAUGUUCUCCCACUUUUCUUUUUUUAUUACUUUGUUAAGCUUUUAUUUUUAUUGGAAAUUUAACAGAUUAACACAAGAGUAGAAUGGAAACAUGAGGUCAGCAAACACAGAGACAGGACAUAGCGCAAGGAACUGCUUUAUUUCAUUAUGGUGGGGAAAAAAAGGUUAUCAAUUGCAUUUCUUUCUGUAGAUAAUGGUCAUUUGUUCCCACAUUUUCUUACAUAAUUACUGAGUUUGUGUACAGUACCUGGUAUUUUUUUUUUUUUUUUUUUACUUUUCUGCUUUCACAUAAUUUAUUUAUGAAACCUUGUGAUGUCCAUUCUCUCUGGUGGUGUCCUGCCUGCAAAUAGUUUGGUAUUUUCUCUCUCUUUUUUUUUAAAUUCAAACUCUGCUACAAUGGAAGCGAAUACCAUUUUAUUUGUGGCUCUUAGAGUAUUGAAACCUUUACGAACCACCAGGCACGCCGCUUCCAUUGGAACUAGUUUUUCUACUGAAAAAAAAAAAAAAAAAAAAAGCUCCACAAAUUCAUUUUCUUUCACAGUAGUGAAAUGAAACCCAAAAGAAGUAAAUAAAUAAAUCCGAGACAUUUGCAUUGUUAGAUGCCGCUGUGUGAA